UUCUCUUAUCCCAAACUUAGAAGGACGGAGGUAGUAUAUCACUAUGUGGGAUGAGAGAGCGGCGUAUAUAGUGGACGAGAUCCCAUCAUUAGUCCCCACAACUUCUGUAGACUACAUGAGAUGGUAUUACACCAUCACACGGGUGUUUAUCUCUCCCAGUUUUCGUUUACCCACUGAUCAUUACCAGCCUAGCUCAGUCGCUCUUCAUAUGACGACACAGGCUUUGCGUAGCAUCCAUGACAGAGCGACUGCUGUACUUGAUGAGGCGGUAGAUGUACAGGGAUAUCAUGACGCUUGUUCAUGCAUUGUUUCACUGUGCGCUGAUGUAUUGGGUCGAGUGGAUUAUGGAUAUAUGGCCACCUCUCAGCAUUCCACCGCAUCUACAUCUGCAGCAGGGUCUUCUCAGGCAGUCCGACGUGAUAGAGUUGUUCUUUAGCCUCGUAACCAGCGCAGGCGUCCCCAAGCACAG